AUGGCUGACAUACGAAGCGAUGACGAGGAGCUAGAGAAUGGGCUCGGUAGUGAGAUUCUUAUCUCUGGGAACCACAUGGCGCGUGUGAGCAAGAGGUGGGGUGGUCUUGACCCAGAAAAGCGGCGGUUGCAGGCGUCCCUGGACGCGGAGUUAGAGCGGAAGAAGCCUGCUGGGGAUGCUGUGCACCAGAAUGUGGAUAUCGAGGACGAUUAUCUGUCUCCGGGGCAGCUGUACUCUACGGACUCCGGGAGGUUGUUCCACGCGGGGAAGAUCCUGGUAGUACUGGUGGGUUUGCCUGCAACUUCCAAGACCCUGCUGUCCGUGGCCAUCACUAGGUAUACGAGAUGGCUCGGCGUGAGAACCAAGUCUUUCCACUUGUCUCAGUACAGGAAGGCUAGUGGGUUCUUACCGGUUGACUUCCUGUCUGCGGUACCAAGAACAGAGGACGGUAAGGAGUUCAGAAAGCAGCUGUUGGCUGACAUUUACGGAGACAUCUACAACUUCUUUACUAAAACGAAGGGCCAGCUAGCGGUCUAUGACGCUUUGAACAUUAGAAAGUACGAUAGGAAGUUUAUACACGAUAAAUUUGCCGAAAUUGGUGUCAAAGUUUUGUACAUCGAAUCGAUAAUGACUGACAAGCGGUUAGUUAACCACAAUAUUGAUGUUGCUCUGCAGUCCUUUGACUACCAAGGCUUCACAAAGGAAGAGGCCACAAAGGACUACAUGGAGAGAUACAUGAUAAACGAGAACCUGUACGAAACUAUGAGUGCAGAUGAGAACCUAAGUUUUGUUAAGUACAUUAACCUCGGUGAUAGGAUCACUGUUCAUAACAAUGAUUACGGUUACUUGGUUCACAAGAUUGUGUUCUUCUUAAUGAAUAUGAAAGAAAAAUCAGGGUGCCUGUAUUUCGCUAGAUGUGGGAGAAGUGAUAAAGACAGGUAUGUGGAUGAUGAGCAAUUGAAUGAAGAAGGUAUUGAGUACUCUAACAGAUUGACGACCUUAAUUUUGAACCGUAUCGCUGAAAUUAGAAAAUACAGAGAGCGCGAGGAAGAUAUAAGUGAGAUUCAUCACGGUGACUAUAGUAAGCAGUUGCCAGAACACCACGUAAUCGACAAUAUAAGGAAGGAGCUACUUGUCUGGACAGCCCCAAGAAAGAGAACUUAUGAUACCGCUAAACCUUUCCAAGAUCUUGGUUUCAAUGUAAGACAAAGAUCCCAACUGAAACAACUCAACCCAGGUGUAAUUGCAGAUAUGUCUGAAGAUGAGAUAGCUAAAGAAUACCCUGAGGAGUACAAAGAGUACUGCAGAGACAGAUACCACUUUAGGUUUCCUAGGGCUGAAUCAUAUCACGAUCUUGCAGUUAGAAUGGAACCGUUGCUCUUGGAAAUGGAACACACCAGCCAUGACAUCGUUGUCAUUGCACAUGAGAGCACCUUGAGAAUUCUUUACGGUUACUUUAUGGCUCUCUCUUGUGUGGACUUACCCAAGCUAGACUUUACUAGAAAUGAACUAGUUGAAAUAUCUUUCAGUCCAUUUUGCAACCAGGUUAGAAAGAUACCAAUUUUAUGA